GAGAACAGAAUAUUAUAUAAACAAGAUGCUGUACUUAAGGACACACCAGUAGAGGUAGCCAAUAAGAACUAUAGAGAGMAGCCAUUUCAAGAGUUACAGAAAAACCACUGGAGCUGGCAAACUACAGAYUGCAGCUAUUUCAAGUGCAAACGCAAGAAAGAAGAUGAACAGAAGGGCAAGAAGUGAUCAUCAAAGUUUUGUGCAGCCAGCUGAAGUGAGGAUAGUUCUGGUGGGGAAGACUGGAGCAGGGAAGAGUUCAACAGGAAACACCAUCCUGGAGAGAGAGUUGUUUACUUCUGACAUGAGUCCAAAUCCAGUGACUGAAAAGUGUGAGAAACAGAGUGGAGUGGUUGAUGGGAGGAAGAUUGUUGUCAUCGACACUCCUGGGAUCAGUGACAUAUCAUUGACAGACACAUAUUUGAUUUAUAAAAUGUGGAAACAGUUUUGGAGAACAGAUAAAGUAGAAAUAGAGAGAUGCAUCAAGAUGUCAGUCCCAGGACCCCAUGUGUUCCUGCUGGUGAUCAGACUGGAUAGAUACACAGAGGAGCAAAGAAAAGCUGUGGAGUACAUCCAGGACAACUAUGGAAAAGGGGCCUCUGACUACACUAUGGUAUUAUUCACUGGUGCAGAUCAGCUGGAGGGAAAAUCAGCAAAGGAGUUUCUGAAGGAGAGUCAGGAACUUCAUACACUGGUCAACAGCUGUGGAGGCAGAUAUCAUGUCUUUAACAAUAAAGAGCAGAGAGACCGUACCCAGGUCAGAGAGCUGCUGAGGAAGAUAGAGAAGAUGGUGAAGCGUAAUGGAGGAAAACACUACACCAAUGAGAUGUAUGAGAAGGCUCAAAAAGAGAUCAGGAACAGACAGUUGUUAGAGUUGGGUGUAGGAGUUGGCUGCAGAGCUAUAGCAUUAGGAGUAGGUCUAGAAGCCCAAAAAAUGGUUUCAUUAUAGGGAUAGGAGCAGCAAGAGUUAUAGGAGGAGAGAUAGCAGAGCUUGUAACCAAGAAGAAAAACAAUAAUUAACUACACUAUAAGUGUCUGUAAAUAAGCCCUGAAGGACCAAAAUGAUUAUUGCUAUUAUGCUUUGCACGAUGUAUUAUUUAUGAUGUGAUAUGGUUUAACCUUGACCCUCGUUUGGUUAUGUCACUGCAUUUAACCAAAUGACUAAAUCAUUCAUUAAAGUUAUUAAGUUAAUUAUUUUUUUUACUUCACAUAAAGGAAGAGACAGUACAUUUGUACAACAUGGCUUCCAUACCUGAUGUGUUGAAGCUGUAAUCAUGGUUGUAAUGUAAAGUUGUUCCAUGUGCUGCUCGCUAAUCACAUUUAUUUAUUUUCUUUGUUACGUACGUUUAACAUGAUGUUAGGUAGUGAUGGGCACUAAUAUGGAAAAUCAUUAUCAGUUAAAUAUUUUUUCUAACCUACCCAACCAAGUGAAUUCAAUUUGAAGCCUGUUGAUGGCCAUCAGCAGGCAGUUACAUAUGUAUGAUAAGUUGAGCCUGUGAGAAGGUAUUGUGCCUGUAGGAACAGUCAUGUAUGCUCUUUUACAUACACUAAGGUUAACAGCAAGGAUAAGGCUAUGUCAAGAAACGCUCAUAUUGAUCGAUAUCAUAUUGAAUUAUCGAUUUUGGUGCCCACCAUUACUGUCUUUCAUUACAUAAUAAUUCAUUUAUUUAAAAUGUUGUAAUACUUUUAGAUUAUUUACAAAAUAGAGAAAUGUAAGAUUUUGUUGAUUGAUUGAAACCUUGAUGUUGACUUGUAUUUAAUGAUAAAACAUGCCCAGGUUAAAGGGGAAAUGUGUUGACCUGUAUUUAAUGAUAAAACAUGCCCAGGUUAAAGGGGAAGUGUGUUGACCUGUAUUUAAUGAUAAAACAUGCCCAGGUUAAAGGGGAAGUGUGUUGACCUGUAUUUAAUGAUAAAACAUGCCCAGGUUAAAGGGGAAAUGUGCAGUUGCUACAUCCAUUUUAAGACUUAUAAAUUAAUUAAAUGUACCCAUUAAUUCUUGAAGAAUAUAACUUACA